UCUGUACAACCGCAUUUCAUUCUUUCCAGGGAACCAGAAGAGACAGCACAGCACAGCACACAUCUGCCACCUUGUCUACCUCUUGUUCUUAUCACAUAUCGCAAUAGUUCCCCCUCACAUCAUGGCAUCUACAUCGUCAGGUUCCUACGAACCGUCCCCCGCUUCGACAGCCCCCUCGUCCACCACCUCCGAUAUCAGCACCAAAGAUGCGCACGCCGCGUCGGAAAAACCGCCUGACGACACCUCGAAGCUGCGCAUGUUCUUGGGUAUCCUGCGCAAAUUCAUUGGCGUGGCGGAUAUUGCGUCCGUUCGAUUCUCGCUCCCGGCGCAACUCCUCGAACCUACGCCGAAUCUCGAGUAUUGGAAUUAUCUCGAUCAGCCGAAUACGUUUGUAGCGAUUGGCGAUUCGGAUGAUGCUUUUGAUCGUAUGCUGGAGGUGCUACGGUUUUGGUUUACGAAGGAUUUGAAAUAUGUCAAGGGGAAGCCUUGCAAACCAUAUAAUUCUACAUUGGGGGAGUUCUUUAGAUGUAAUUGGGAAGUCGAGGAUGCGGCUCCUUCGAUAACGUCCAUCAGAUCGCAAUCCCAGACCUCAAGUGCAGCUUCUUCGAUAAAGGGAAAGAAGACCCCAUUAGCAUCUCGCAAUGCCUCUUCAGCAACAAUACCCAGGCUAGACGGGGCUGCCUUCUCCUCCGAGAAGCCAAGCAAGAAAGUCAAAGUCUCUUAUCUCACAGAACAAACUUCCCACCAUCCACCCGUUUCAGCUUUCUUCGUCGACUGUCCAGACAAAGGUCUCACAGCCCGAGGCUUCGACCAGCUCUCCGCAAAGUUCACAGGAACUAGCAUCAAAGUCACCCCCGGCGAGCACAACCUCGGAAUCUUCAUCACGCUCGCCAAGCGAGACAAUGAACAAUACCAACUCACGCACCCAGCAGCCCACCUCGGCGGACUGUUACGAGGAAGUCUCUCCGUAACGGUAGGCGAUCAGUGCUACAUAACCUGCACGAAGACCAAGAUAAAAACCAUCCUCCACUACCUCGAAGAAGGCUGGCUGGGGAAAACGCAAAACAAAGUCGAAGGCGUGAUCUUCAAAUACGACCCUGAAAAGGACGACAAGACCAGGAUAAGAGACGUACCCGACAAAGACGUCCUGGCCCGCGUCUCAGGAAACUGGAAAGAGAAACUCUACUUCUCUCUCGGUCCCAAACCCGACGCCCCACAAAUCCUCCUAAUAGACCUCACCCCCCUAACCGUAGCACCGAAACUGCUCCCCCCAACAACCAACCAACUCCCCAACGAAUCCCUCCGUUUCUGGUCCGGCGUCACGGAAGCGAUCUCCAACCGGCAAUUCUCGCGCGCCACGGCCCUGAAACAGGAACUCGAGGAGCGGCAGCGCUCGAAGGCGAAGGAGCGGGAGGAUGCGGGCAGGGAGUGGCAGCCGCGGUUCUUCGUCGGGGCCGUGACGCCGCUGGGGAAGCCGGAGUUGACGGAUGAUGGGAGGGAGGUGUUGAGGGGGUUGCAGGAGGAGAGGUGGGAGUUGAGGGAGAAUGAGGAGUUGGGUGCUUAGUGCUUAGUGCUUGGGGGCGAGGGGGAGUUUGUGUGUGGGUAUGGGUAGAUAUAUGCAUGGAGAUAGGUAAGGGUGGGUGGUAAUCUGCUUGAAUAGAAGAGAACAGAACAGACAGAGACGAGCGUGCUUUCGAUAAGCCCCGUUUGAUUUGCAUUCACUCAUUUACAGUGGCGUUUAUCUGGUACUAUGUUUUGUUGGCUUUAGAAGUGUGAGAGAGAGAGAGGCUUCUGGUAUAUAUUUAGUCAGUCAGGAUAGAUGAGAUGAGAUGAGAUCUGGAUGAGAAUGAGACGGUUUUUGUAUA